AUGUCCAAGGAUACACCUAAACUAAUAAACCAGUCGCUAAAUAUCUUGUCAAGAUUAGUUGAGUCCGAUACUAACGUAUCUAUAAUAGACUUGAACUUAUUAGAAAAUUUAAACACUAACCAAUCAUUGAAUUAUUCCAAGUUGGAGAAUGAUUUAAAUCUGUUAGAACAAAGUGGGAACCAAUUAGUACUGCUUAAAGAGGAAUUUGACAGUCAUUCAAAAGCCUUGGUACAAAUUGAGGAGAAGAUUGCUAAACUAGAGAGAAUUAUGACCGAGCUAGACUCCUGGUUAAACGAGUUGGAAACAACUUAA